CAUGUUGGCAUCUAGAAAGAAAUAUUCUCCCUCCCUAUUUUUUUAUUCUUUGGCCCUCAAGAACUGGCAAACAGCCAUCGCUCUUUUACAUCCUAAAAUUCAAAAAAGUUUCGUGAAAAAUAUCCGAAUCCCUUCGAAGAACACGAAAAUGAGUCGAAAAAUCCGCGUAAUCUGCAACGACCCAGACGGAACCGAUUCAUCAUCAAGCGAAAACGAAAGAGAUGAAUCAAAUUCUUCAAAAUCCAAACGCAUAGUACGAGAAAUUCACUUCCCCCUUUUCGCUUCUUCUAACUCUUCAUCUGAUUCUUCAAUUCAUGAUGAGGAAACCUCUCACACCUCUUCUCACCACACCAACAAUGGCGGAAAACCCCAACAGCUAACAAACAUUAGGGUUUUGACCAAAACCCUAACGCCCGAAAGAACAACCUCCCGAUAUAGAGGCGUGAGGCAGAGGAAAUGGGGGAGAUGGGCUGCUGAAAUUCGAGACCCCUUUAAGAGAGCUCGAGUUUGGCUUGGUACUUAUAAUACUGCUGAGGAAGCUUCUAGGGCUUACGAAUCGAAGCGGCUUGAGUUUCAAUCUGCCAUGGCCGCUGCUCCUAAAGCUCCGACGAGGUUCAAAGGUUCUCAUCUACUGGGUUAUUGAACGUAGAAUCUUUGUCCUGCGGCGGAGUUGGCGGCGGGGGGAGGAAGGGGUGGGAGAAGAACCGGCGCGACGGGAAGGGGAGAACUAUUUUUCUUUUCCUUUUUUGAAUGCCAUGUCACCUUUCUUUUUACCGAGUUAAAUGUUGCCAUGUCAACUUAUUGUAAAACUGAAAUUUGCCACAUCAGCUUAUUGUAAAGCUUAGUCAGCUUGAGAGUGUAUUACAUUUUUCUUCUUUGUUUCGAGUUCAAUGAUGCUGAGUCGGAAUUCGAAUGACUUUGGAGAUUAUGAGAACUCUCACUCAUUUGAAACAAAGUUGAGAGCUAACAAAUUUCUCUA